AUGACGAAGUCUAUUUCAUCAUUACUUAUUAUCCUUAUCUUCUUCUUCCUAACACCUAUUGUUGAAGUAACUCCUAAUGCACAUUUUGUUCGACCAUAUACUGAAGGAUGUAUUGAUUCAUCGGAACCAUUUCAAUGUCCUCAAAGUCAACAAUAUAUUGCUCUCCAAUUUAUUUGUGAUGGUCAUCCAGGUGAUUGUCCUGAUAAUCUUGAUGAAAAUGAAGAAACAUGUAUUGCAGCUAAACAUCCAGUAAAGGAAAAUAUUGAAAAAUAUCUUCAUGCUGCAUAUACAUUUCUAUUUGGCGAAAAACUUUCGAGAAUGUCGAAAAAUAUUCAUAGUUUUGCUGAAAAAACAUUUAUGUCAUCAGGUGAUCUAGCACAUUUUCGAAAUAUUUUUCAAUUAAUUCAUGAUGAACGAUUAAAAGAUAUUCCUUUAUUUGCACAAGAAGCUGUUAAUCAAGGUCUUGCAGCCUUAGUUGAAAAGCUCUAUGACUCGGGAUUUAUGGAUUAA